AGGAGGAGAGAGGAGUUCCAGAACGGGUGCGGAUGAAGAGUGAAGAAGGAGGGAGGGAGAAACUAAGUGCACAAGACAAAGUUGGUUGCUGCGGGACUCGAGGAGCGGUGCGCCAAGCCCAGGGGGGUCUUACUUUCUCCCGUCGCAGUCGCAGUGAGGCGAGCGGAUCAUUUUGAAGCGCUUCUGUUCUGGCCGCUCGCUCCAGACCGAACGCACGUCCCGUUUGCUGCGCGCGACCGACGACGGACGUGCGUUGGCCGCCGAGUGUAAGGAAAGGAGCGACGCGACAAGCCACAAGAAGAAGGCAGGCGAGACGGGUACGACAUGCCUCGAGCCUUCCUCGUGAAGAAGGCGAGCAUUUCGCCGGGCGAGCGCAACUGGAGCGAGCUGCCGGACCACGAGCGCGGGGAUGUCUACAUACCGGUGUCCAUGGACCCUUCGCUUGGCACCGAGGCAUCCGAGGCCAGCCCUGCCGAGCUGGCCCGGCACCUCCCCGUGCACCGGGAUCAGGGCAAGUACGGUCAGACGGUGGCGCACGACCCCCACCUGCACACCCACACGGCAGAGCUGCCUUCCUGCUCCGCCCAGGGGCAACAGCAGAGCCCGGAAUCCGAGAGCCGCAAAAGGGGGCAGAGCAGCACCUACGUCCGCUCCAAGAUUAAGGUCACAACGGGCGAGCUCCCCAGCGAGGCACCCGCCCCGGCGUCGGCCAGCAGCGCCGCAGCCCCGGCUCAUUUUGUGUGCCAGGUGUGCCAGAAGUCCUUCCAGUUCCAGCGCAUGUUGAACCGCCACCUCAAGUGCCACAAUGAAACCAAGAGGCACCCGUGCACCUUCUGCGGCAAGGGCUUCAACGAUACCUUCGACCUCAAGAGACACGUCCGCACGCACACAGGCGUGCGGCCCUACAAGUGCAGCCAGUGCGAGAAGGCCUUCACCCAGCGCUGCUCUCUGGAAUCCCACAUGAAGAAGAUCCACGGCGUCACGCAGCAGUACGCCUACAAGGAACGGCGCAGCAAGCUGUACGUGUGCGAGGAGUGCGGCCACACGGCCGCCACGCAAGAGCUGCUACUGCACCACCUGCAGUCCCUGCACCCCCACAGCGCGCUGCUGAAGACCAAGGGAGCACGCAAGCUAGCCACGGCUGGAGUGCCCUUCGAGGGCAGUCCUAGGGGACAGUCUGCCUCCAGCUCCCCACAGUCCCAGAACUGCCCCGACAGUGAUGAUGUUGCUGGAUCCCUGGGGCGAUAGAGGGAGAGAGAAGGGGGGGCUGCCAAAGGUUGG